AGUUAUCAGCUGAAAUUGUAAACAAAAGUUGUUUUGACAGGCUGUUGUGUACCUGUCGUUUUGAAGGAUUAAUGUAGGCCUUAUGUAGUGACCUUGGUGGAAAGUAGAGCCGUGGCUGUGCCCUGGGCACUGCUGCAAUAAUUACCCACUAGUUUUAGUUAACACUGACAUCCUCGUACAUGGUGAGGCAGUGGGAGUUGACACCCCAAACAAUAUUUUGGGGCAAACAGAUCACCUGAUGUAUGCUUUUCGGUGUAUGUACACUAAGAAGUUACUUAAAUACAUUUUUUAAGUGAUUAAAAUAAUAAUGACCAAUUACUGUGGGUUAUGUGCAGGUGUAAUAGCCCUGGUGUACAAGAUCACCUGGAAACCCCAUUAACCUAACCUACCUUGGUGGGUUGUAAGUGUCUUGAUGUGCCCAGGGCUUAGACACCGACACCUUCAUGUCCUGUAGUGGAACACCUGUUUCAUUUUCUUCAUCCACUCAGAUUUAAGUAGCAUUUCAAACCCUUGAAUCAAGAAAAAUUGUUUAAAAUAUUUUAUGCUGUAGGAACUUGUAAAUAUAAGUAACGACAAAGUUUGAUGUAUAUCCUUGUCUUCUGUCAUGGAUGUUAUGGAAUCACUCAUAAACAAAGCAGAUUAUUUGAUAGAGCAGAGUCAUGAAGCACUGGUCCAAGGUGGCUGUGGAGCUAUUCAGGGACAACCAUUAUUCCGGAAAUUAGCCGCCAUUUAUGCAGAGGAAGCUAUUAAAACUCCUAGACUCAAGAGUAUCAGCCUUACCCACAAAUUAUUGGAGAAGUUAGUGAAGCGAGAGAACCUCAACUGCCUGGUAGUUAAUUUGUAUCGAGGGAAUGAAGGAUAUUCACUUGCUAUCAAAAUAUCAUCCGGACUUGAAACAGAAACUGUUCGCCUUUCAUACGAGGAGGAUAUGUUUCUGACGUAUAUAGAUAAUGAGAAACUUCCACCAAUGCUCUUGGAUUUAUUGGAUGAGUCAAACAUAGACAUUUUCCAGUCAGGAUGUGUAAUAGCUGAAGUGCGGGAUUAUAGGAGAACCCUUGAUUCAUCAUAUGAAACGAGGUACCUCCUCCUCCAACCUACAAGCCAGUCAGUUGCAGCAGAUAUUGCAAGUAUGACACGUGACCAUGACUGGACUACAGAAGAGCGACUUCAUUUAGAGGCUGAGAUAGUCAAGCAAACGGCUCCUCCCCUUAAUCUUUCACCAUCUCCUAUGGUAGCUAUCAUCAACAACAAAUUGCAUCAGCGGAAAUACAAAUUUUCCACCGUACCCAUUAAGAGAGCAGCACGUAGGUUCAGCCAGAUUGCUCAGAAUCGCCAGAAGGCUUUUGAAGAAUCAGCUGCUCCAAAGUGUUUAAGGCUACAUAAUUUCUUGAGCAGUAAAAAAGACAAACGACCUAACAUUAAAAGUUUAACAAAGCCACUUAUUCCAAUGUCAUUGGAUGAUGGUCCAGAAUUGAGUGUUCCAGAUAUCAUUGAUGUUCCCAAAGUGGCUCGAAUAUAUGAGCGACCAAAUUACACAACUGACAAUUCCCUGGUGUUUAUUGAAGAGCUAGUUCUGGAAACAGAACGUGGCCAAGGAAGAAUAUAUCAUACCAAAUUGACUAUAUCUCAGAGAAAAACAGAUGAGGUAUAUUUUGGUGAACUUUAUGUUGAUCGUGAUUAUCAAGAAGGCAAACAAAAUGGAUCCACAUGCAAGUUUCAAUUAGGAACACAGCAGCAAGUGUGUCGCUAUAUUCAACAGUUUAAGGAAAUAUUCACUGAGGAUUGGCGGAAAAGUGUCAAAAUUACACAUAGGGUUGCAGGGCAAGCAGCAUAUUCAACUUUCAUGCAGGGAAGCCGUGAUAAAAAGGAUGUUGAAUUGCUUAGACAGUCCUCAGGUCAACAACCAGGGCAACAGCAAAUUCAGAUACAGCAACAAUCACAACAGGGACAGCAGCAGUCUCAGCAGCAACAACAGUCUCAGCAGCCUAUACAGCAGCAAGCAGUAGCAGUAGCUGCAGCAGCAGUAGCAGCUGCAGCUGGAGGUUCAUCUGGGGUGUCAUCUGCAUCGUCCACGACAACUAUGAGCCAGCACACUCAACCUAAUGUCAUCAUUGUCUCAAACGGGGAGGGGGGUGUGAAGAAAUCUGUGACUGUUGUAACUAAACCAAUUGCUGUGACAUCAGCCUCCACUCUUACCAGUUUAAUAUCAGCUCAGCCGGUGCAACAGAGUUCAGCAGGUGGACAACACCAGGUGGUGGUUGCACGAAGUGCUGAUAUUACUAAUUUAUUAGCUGGUAGAGGAGCAGCUACGGCAGCAGGAAUGGCAGGCAUGACUGGAAGCAUUGGUGGUGCCACAAAACUUGCAGUAGCUGUUACAACAGGUCCUGGGGGUUCAAAGAUUUCUCUUCCAUCACUAACAACGCAGCUAAAUCGCUCUGUACCAGCAUACUCACAAGCUGUAUCAUUGGCCAAAACUCAGAUCUCUUCGCCAUCACUGACUGCACUCCUGAAGGGCACAGUGCCAGCGAGCACACAAGCUGUCUCCAUACCCAGGCCACAGGUUGUAAGUCUUGUUGGUGGUGUGAAUGAUUCAUCUGCUCAUGUAAAAUCUUCAUCCAGUAAUGACUCGUCAUCUUCAUCCCUUAAUGUGUCUGGUCUGCAACAGCUCUUAGCAGGCACACCAUCGGCAGACAAUCCAGCCCCACAGAGGGGUGGCCCUUCCUUGCUAGAUCGUCUUUCCGCCCAGUCUUCAAGUGCUGCUGCUGCCGCUGCUGCUGCCAAUAAGCAAGAUGGUGUUGUGAAGGUUGGUGGUGGUAUGGGUGUGUCGUCCAGCCAAGGUGUUGGAAGUUCAGCAGCAGCAGCAGUGUUGCGCAGUGAUAGUGGAACUGGAGGACCUCCUCCCAAUGUUAAUAUUGCCAGUCUAAAUCUACCUGGUCUUAAUGUAGCGGGUCUGCAGAGUCUGACAACAAACCUUAGUGGCCUUCAGAAUGUUCAGGUGACCAUCCCUGGUUUAGCAGUGCCUAUAUCACUGUCACUGAAUGUUCCUGUCAGCAGCUCUACUGGUGUCAUCCUCUCUUCUCCACCACCUGCAAGUGUAGCAACAAAGGUGUCAGGCACAACAGCAGCUACUUCAGCAGCUACGGUGAUGAUAGCCAGUCAACCAACUUUGCAACAGGGGCAGGUUGUUCAGCUACCAUUAAGUCAGCUGAAUUCUCCCCAGUUGGCAGCUCAGUUAGCCAAGUCAUCUGCUCAACAAGGAGGAUCAUCCUCUUCUAUCCCAGUUCUGCAGGUACAAGGUGUUGGUGGACAGUUAUUCACAUCAAUGCGAGGUGGAACAUCUGCAGCAAGUGGUGGUGGCAGUGGUGGUGGAAGUGUUGGCACUACUUCUGGUGGAUCUAUGCAACAGCAAACUGUACAAGUAGCACUUCAGGCAGGACAGGGAACUGGCACUGUUGUCUCAGGUGGUGAAGCCAACAUUGCUUCAGCGCACACAACCACUUCUCAACCAUCAGUUGUAGCUCUUACAGCCAAGCAACAGCUCCAGUUGGCUCUGCAAAAGACAGGACCACUGAGUAGUUUUACACAGUUACAACUACAGCAAAAGCUAGCUGCUCUUGCCAAGCGCACACAACAACAGCAGCAGCAGCAGCAGCAGCAGCAGCAGCAGCAACAGCAGCAGCAACAACAACAACAACAGCAGCAGCAACAACAACAGCAACAUCAGCAGCAGCAACAUCAGCAGCAGCAACAACAUCAGCAGCAGCAACAGCAGCAGCAGCAGCAGCAACAACAACAACAGCAACAACAACAGCAGCAGCAGCAGCAACAACAACAACAACAGCAACAGCAGCAACAACAAUCACAGUAGCAGCAUUAGCAAUAAAUGAAUACAUAAAAAUAUAGACUUUGUCUGUAGGAAAACCUACUUAGCCAGACUUGAAUCCUGAAGGUGGGGAGGGCAGUUCCUGCACUCUGAAGGUGUGGGGAUGUUGUGGUCAGAGGAUCAUCUGAAUUAUGAUAUCGGUACACUUCUGGCAAGACACACUGAGUGAAUAAUGUUUUUUUCUUUUAUCCUACAUUGGUGGGAGUAUACUGUUGAGCUUGUUUUCUCUCUCUCUCAUUCUCUCUCUUUUUUUCUUUUUCUCUCUUUUUUCUCUCUUUCUCUUUCUCUCUUUUUCACCAUCUUUCAUUUAUUUGCUGCCUUGCAAGAGAUUAAUACACAGAAUAACUUUGAUUUAGUGGGUGUUGAUAGCAUAACUGCCAAGCAUUGAAUGGUGUUUUGACAAUGCAUAUUUUUAGUUACCCCCUUAAGGGAGGCUCCUUGAUACCAGUGAGGGGCUCUUGAUCUAAGGCAUUAAGCUCGAUCUCUACUUCCUUGGAUCAGACCUGAUUACCUAUUCCCUAUGGGUUUAAUGUGCCUCUGUGAAUGUAAUAAUUUAUUGGCUUUCCUAUAUUUUACACAAGGCUGCUAAUCCAAAUAGUAUAUGAUGACUCAAGAAAUCGUAAUGACACGAGUGAAGGGACUUGAGCUAGAGUUCGUCACGGCCACGCUAGCUGGAGAUUCGUCUGUAAAAACUUGCAUUUGUGGUCACAGAGGUGCCUGUGCUAACCUUCCUAUGGUGUAGAAAUAUACCUAGUUGGAUGAAUCUUAUUGUGGCUAGCUGGUCUAGUGGCUAACGCGACGGGCUGGAGUUUUGAGACUCUAUGACCGCGGGUUCAAUCCCGGCCGGGGGUAUGGUUAGUAUAUGAUGUACCGUAGCAUUUAGACAAUUGUUAAUAAAAAAAUCUAAUGCCAGUUCUGGGAAAUUAUAGAUGAAAGAACUGCCCAUGAAAGGUAAGAAAACAUCUAAAAAAAAUUAUUUCAAAUAUGAUAAUUUGUUAUAAAAACUAUUCAUAUCUAUAUGAGAGGCAUAUGCACUGCCAUGCUAGGAAGCACUCAUCUUAAGGUGUUUGUGAGAUUACCUGAUACAGAGUGUGCAGGUCCUAAUCCUGCUGUGGACUGAGAGAUUAUCUUUGUAUGUAAGUAAAUAUACAAUACAAGACAACUGUUUCUUUUCUGCAGUAUACAAAAUGUAGUUUACAUGAAAUAAAAUAUUGUUAUGCACAAAAGACAGCCACUAGUAUGAGGUGCAUUUCACACACUAAUCCUCUU